UUCCAAAAAAGAAACACGGAACCGCGAGUGUGCGAUCGAAAAUCUCAAGAAAAAUGUUGUUUCCGGAGGAUAAGUACCUGACAAACCAUCCAGCAUCGGGGGGCAGUUUCGAACGUCUGAAAGUGCCGUACCAAAACACGUCGGAUAGUUUCCAUUUUCAUGCGAAAGAUUUCUCCAAACAGUUUGCAUUCAUCUAUGCCUCUCGAUUGGAUGAAAUGCUAAAUUUACUUGAGGAUCGCGUCCAGCAGAAAUGGGGUAACGAUAUUCCGAUCAAACGGUUGGCCGAUCUUCGUGAGGAAUGUCCUCAAAAGUGUGUUAUCAUCGGGACGCUCUUUAAGCAUCAGGAAUUGAAACCCAGCAUCUUGAAAGAAAUCUCGGAAGAAAACCAGCUGGCGCCGCAGCCGCCACGGUCGCACUAUACGAACGACACGGAUAUACUCAUUUUGGAAGACGCAUUGCAACGAAUCAGGCUCGUAGGAAACAUCGAUGUUCAUUCUGUUGUAACUGGUGUUGUUUGUGCUGUAAUGGGGCAAGACAGGUAUGAGGAAAGCGAUGGCCGAUUUUUUGUCGAAGAUUUCAUCUUCUACGAGGGAGGUAUGCAGAAACCUUUAAAACCACUCGAAAGCUCACCUCUGCUCGUAUUGAUGUCGGGAUUGAAUCAGAGUGCUGCAAACGAUUUCUCGAUGUCGUUGGAAUUGUUGCAGCAGUGGGUUUUCGGUAAUAUGGAAGGUUUUGGACAAGACCACGACUGGGAAGCGGCCAGCAUCGUCCGUAUCGUCAUUGCCGGUAACUCGGUGAAAGCAUCGCUAAAACCCAAAAAUCACCUCCAAUCGAAAGCAUCGAACGAGUUGGCGUCAUCCGAACUUCUCAGCGCGGUCAAGGCAGUGGACACGCUUAUUUACAAUCUUGCCCAAUCGGUCCCGGUCGAUCUGAUGCCGGGUGAGUUCGAUCCGGCCAAUCACAUGCUUCCGCAGCAACCGAUGCACCACUGCCUGUUUCCGCGGUCGGCCGAAUUUACCUCUUUCAAGGGCGUACCGAAUCCGUACUCCUUCGAGGUGGCCGAUCGAAUCAUUCUCGGUACGGCCGGUCAGAAUGCACACGAUAUACUGCGCUACUCCAAGCUAGAAACCCCAAUGGACGCCUUGAAAGCCACGCUGCGCUGGAGUCAUAUCUUCCCGACAGCCCCGGAUACCCUGCCCUGCUAUCCGUACUAUCAGAAGGAUCCCUUUAUCAUCAAAGAGUGCCCUCACGUGUAUUUUGCUGGCAACGCAGGAGAUUUCGCGACGGAUCAGUGGAAAGGAUCGAAUGGUGAGUCAGUCCGGUUGGUUUGUGUACCAUCGUUCUCGGAAAAUCAGAGCAUUGCCGUCGUAAACCUUCGCACGAUGGAUUGUAAAAAGGUCAGCUUUAAGAUAGAGGCCAUCGGCGAGGAGUAGUCGAAACAAAACAUUUCUCUAUUUAUGGCCCGUUAAUUUAAAAUAAACAAUAUCAAUUCGUUUUUUAAAUUU